UGACUGCAAAUGGCCCCCUCCUUUCUGGAGCUUAAUUCUGAUUUGGAGGAGACCGCUUCUCUAUUGUGCUUAAAUUAAAUGCCCCCCAGCCAGGGGGAUAAAUCCUAGGUCUGCUUCCAAACCUGGGGUGAAGGACCCCCCCGCCCCGUCCUGCAGAGGAGAGGAAAACAGGAAAUCUGUCCCUUUUGGCCUGAAAUCAGCCCUGCAGAAGCCUCUCUGUAUGAAUGCUGAAUAUUUUGGUCUCGGCCGACGGAGGGCUCUGGGCAGCUGUGGAUCUCACAGGGAUUUUCCUCUGGGAGCUGGGAGUGUUCACUCUCCCUCCACAAGUAUGGCAACGUCUGCACAAUACAGACAGCUCAUAAAUGACUAUGGACCCCCAUCUCUAGGCUAUACACAAGGGAUGCAGGGUACCAGCAGCAGUCAAGUACCACAGAGCAAAUAUGCAGAACUUCUAGCUAUCAUAGAAGAAUUAGGAAAAGAGAUUAGACCCACAUAUGCUGGGAGUAAAAGUGCGAUGGAGAGGCUAAAAAGAGGCAUUAUUCAUGCCAGAGGAUUAGUUCGGGAAUGCCUGGCUGAGACGGAACGAAACGCACGAUCUUAGCCCACUAAUUCAGCUGCAAGAUUUUCCAUCUCUUCAUGAAGAAAAAGUAACACUUAUUCCUUUUGACUCUUGAAACAUUCAGACAAAUUCCUUUAUUUUGAAUGUUUUACCUUUCUUGUUUUGCCCUUGCAAAAAUGUAUAGUUAAGAAUGAAAAAAAGAAAAAACCAACCAAGGAUUUUUCAACUUACUGAGGGUUUGCAUUUUGUAAAGACGUUAAAACUCCCUAAAAUGUUUCUAAAACAUGGAAACUGAAGUGCAUGCAGAGGAAUGCUCUCUCUCUCCCAGGCUAUAUUUCAGUUCUCUUCUUACCCAGCCACAGCCUCAUUCUGUUUUUUCCUUCAACUAUAUUCACUUAUCCCCAAACUGUCAAUCUUUCAAAGUUUGACAUAAGCUCUAAGGAUUUUUUUAAUAAAUGCAGAAUAGCAUGCUGUACCUAGUAGUCUGCUAAGUCACAAUUUGUCAUACAGCAUAGACCCUGCUUAGAAAUAACCUCCCCCUUCUCUUAUUUUUCCUUUUUUUGUUCAUUUUGCAUAAACAUUUGCAUGACUGUUAGUGCUUUGAAGUCCAUUUAAAGUGCAUGAGCUAUAUGGAAAAUAGGGAAACCUAUUAAAUAAUAACAAGGUCCUGGAAAGCUAAUUCCUACAUUAAGGCUGGAGAUUUCAGUUUAAAGUUUGCCAAAAAAAAAAAAAAGGAAAAUUCUGGAUAAAUUACUAAAACUGUUAUUUGCAUCUUUGUAUGUAUUUAUUACUUGACGUAAUAAAGCUUAUUUUCAUUAACAGUUUGUAUUAAAA